GCUAAAGUGGUUGAGUAAGAGUUUUGCAAAAGUUUUGGUACCGGCCUUGAAAUCUCCCCACACCAAUUCGUAGACAUCAUUUGCAAACAAACCCCUAGCUUAGGAUAGCGAUCGAUCUCCUGCUUGUUUUAACACUUGUCACAGCAACUCUGCCUUAAUCUUCUUUAGAUUCCAGACACAAAACUUGCAACAAUGACGAUACUUACUCAAAAAAGAAUUUUCAUAUCAUUAUGCCUACUUGGGGCCACUAUUAACAUGACACUCACAUUAUUCUCAUCAGCCUGGAUUAAUACUUCAUUACAGCAUCAACAAUCACUGACUAAGAGUAUGAUCAUGUUAAAAAAUUGCCAGAAUAUUGAAGAUCUUGAGUGGUUGCUAUUCGAAAACCAUCACAAAAUGACCAAGUAUCAAAAAGUUCACAAUAAACUAAGACAAAACCUAGAAGAACUAUCCAAAAUCUGCCAUAAAUACAUCAACUCAACCAACUUAACUCCUUCAUCCUUCAAAUUCCAUCAACAGCAAACUUUAAACAUCAUCAAAGGAAGUUACUUGAACUUUUCAUUUCCAAACGAUUCAAGCUUUAAUCCUGAUCUAAGCUGUGGCAGGUUUCCACUCGAGUCAGACUUGAACAUUACUGACAUUUACUGGCAAGUCACAAACACAACAAAUGGAACUUUUUACCUUUACAAUGCUUAUUAUGAUGACCGUAAAGGUGUCAAUGGACUUCCAUUUGUGAGAAUCUUAGCCUUAAUUAAUGUCCUUGAUCCUGUUGUCAAAACUUUCUGUCAAUUUUGGUAUGAAAAUGUCAAUGAACCACUUGUUGCUGAGGUCUAUGAGUAUAGGUAUAUUUGGAACAAUGAUUGGGGAUCAAAUAAGAAAGGUGCAAGUCCAUACUUAAUAUCCUGCAGGGUGCCCCUAGCUGCGGCACCAAGUCAUGUGUCAUUAGUUGAAAGAAGAUGUGGAAGUGCCAAUAAUCUUUUGAAAGUCAAGAAUAAAAGACCAAAAAGGAACAAGAAGGAAGCAUUCAUCGUGUCUAAUAAAAGACCAAAAAGAAACAAGAAGGAAGCAUUCAUCGUGUCUGUCAAAAGAUUUGAAUUUACUGACGACAUUUCCUUACAAAUUAUUGAAUGGUCCGAAAUCCUUAAAAUUCUUGGUGUCAAUAAAGUUGAAUUCUUUGUUCACUUUUGUCACUCGAAUGUCCUUAAUGUCCUCAAAUUUUAUGAAUCUGAAGGUUUUAUGAAUGUCAAGUUCAUCAAAUAUCCAAGUGACUUCCAAAAUGAGCGCAAAAAGAACUGGCAUCAAUAUAGUCAGAAUCAAUUGAUCUCGUACCACGACACAUUCUAUGAACACAUGUACAGCUAUGAUUUUAUGGUUCCUAUGGACACUGAUGAGUUUAUUAUGCCAUUGAGGGAUGAGGAUAGGACAUGGAAUGACUUACUAAAGAGAACAAUUCAGAAAUCAAGGAAGAAGAAGAAGCAAAAGUUUGAUUGUUAUCCAGUGGAUAAUCAUUACUUCCUGCUGCAAAGUUCUCAUCAAAAUGAAGCUAUUGCUGGAAUCCCAAAGAAUCUUUACUUCCUGCCAAACAUUUACAGAGCCAACAACUUUACCAAAAAUGGUGGAAAUGCCAAGACUUUUAUGAAAAUGGACCGAGUCUUGACUGUCCACAAUCACUUCCCAUUCUCAUGUCUUGAUGAUCAAAAUGACUUUAAAUGUAAAAGAUUCGGAGUAGCUCGAGAAGAUGGACAAUUGUCACAUUAUCGAGUCAAUUGUACUAAUAAAGAAUGUAAGGAGUCAAUAGAUGAUCCAGUAAGGGACGAGUCGCUGUGGAAGUUUAAGGAUGAAAUUUUAGGAAAUGUUAGGGAUGUCAUUGAAAGGAUAAAGAAGUACACGAAAGGAGAAGUAGACUUAAAACUGGAAGAAGUGACUUGAAUAUUUGUAGACAAUUUUAAUAAAAUAUAGUAAACUUAAGUCGAA